AUGAGACUUGCACGUUCUGAUGAUUUGUUCCUGAGCCCUGCAAGCAAGUUUAGACUUGACGGUUCUCUCAGUGAUCACAGCUGUUACAUUGAGGUACCAUUUCUCCCUGGAGCAUAUGGCAUUGACGAGUUCCAGGAGAUGGUAGAGGUCAAGCUCUACGAGGAGUUCAAAGCGAGGCCACACUGGGGAAAGAAUAAUCGCCUAACCCAGUCUAAGGUCGAGGAGAUCUACCCCGCGGAUAGCCUGAAAAAAUGGGGGGCAGUGUACAGGAUAUUUAACAAAGGAGGACCGUUUGAAAAUCGCUUCACAUAUAAUAUGGGUUUUGCCAAAUUGUUUGAUCAUCCUAUCGACGAGCAGCCUUCUGCCUAA